ACCCGUAGUCUGUGAUCUGGAGCUUCACUGGCUGUAGCGUUCUGUUCUUUCACGGAGAGGAAAACUUCCGGAAGAUUGGAAAAGUUGCCUUUUACCGUGUUUCCUCGGCCAGUAAUUUCAAGGUCUUUUUCUGUCGUGUGCGUGUCAAUCGAAAUUCGUCUUCGUACCGUCGAAACGAGAGUACCAAAAGAAUCCGUGCGGUAAUCUGGUUCGGUACUGUGUCGCAAGUGGAAAAAAUUGUCACCCUUCGGAACGCAUCACUUUCUCGUUACUUUUUGCGUCGGUUCACUUUUGAUGCGAAAGUUUAUCGUCGGGAAAUUGUCGAUAGUGCACAGAAUAAGAAGAAGACUUAUCUUUUUUGCUGCCUUAAAGUGAAUCAACAUUGUCCGCUCGGGAACGGAAAAUCCCUUCACAUUCGCAGGAGUAGAAAAGAGGAGCGAACGGACAGCAGUGAGUGCCAGUGGGAAGGUGCCAGUGCGGUGCGCUGUAGUGGUGAUAUUAAGUGCGCAAGCGACAUCGCGACGCACGUGCACCAGUGUAUUGAGUUGGUGAUAUUAGCCGCAGCACUUAGUGUGUGUCCCAGUGCCACAAAAAGCCGUCGUCGUCGGUGGAGAUCAAUUUCUUCUUACGUUUUGCGCAAUCAAAUCGCAAUCAAAUUGAUCACUCGCUGUUUGCUCUCAAUGUGUGAAAAGAUUCAUGAUAAGCAGAUAUAUUCAUAGUAUAUCUUUGCGCGAAUUACGCAAGUGGCUAAAUAUACGACCGUAGAGCAGCAAUCGGAAGAAAUGUGUCCACAGAUCGUAUGAGUGAUCAGCGAGAAAGAGUGGGCAAAAGUGCGGUUCUGUGCUUGAAUUUGACACAGUCGUGAACUGAGUGAUGAUUAAUCGGAACUCACCAAGAGUGCCGGCAAUUUGGAGUGAAUAAGUGAAAAAAAAAGUGUGGUACGAGAAGAAAAGUAAGGAAUGUAAAAAGCAAUUUUGAGGAAAUUUAAAUCUUCAGUAUCAUCAUCAUCAGGAUCAAAAUCACGCCUAAGGCUCGUGCGUCCUGAAACUGUGGGUGACAAUCGUAUGCUGGAAGUAAUUGCCGCAGUUCACCAGUAACGGCCCUUCGCAAGAAUGACCCCUCAAGGCUGUCACACUGGCCUCCCCGGGUAACACCGUUCCGCCCGUUCUGUGGCGCGCACGUCGAAAAGCCGAUUCCCAAAAGCAUCAGCAGCAGCACCAGCAAAGCAACGCACAGCCUCACCAUCAUCAUCCCCGCCAGCACAAGCUCUGGAGGACGCAUGACGCGGUCACGCUGCUCGGUGCCAAUUGGAAAAUUGCUCAGAAAUUAGCCCAGCGGAAGCGGAGAAAACUAGCUUUGACUGUGACUGGCAAAAAGUGUGGAAAACAGUGUAAAACUUAGUGCACAGCCGGACGAAAUAAACGAGGCAGCAAAAGGCGAAAAAGUGCUCAAAUGGAAACGGUACCACGUGCCGUCGAGGAUGGGAAGCCCACUUCCGGCAGAAGAAAAAAGUGCAAAAAGUGAAAUAAUGUCGUGCAGGCUGUCUGGCCGUACAGUUGGCCACAAUUUCAACCAACGCCACCAGUAGCAGUAUCGUUAAAGGACAAAAAAACAAUGCACUGCUUCGGCUGCUGCUGGUGCCGUUUGCCUCCGGAGCCGGAAGCACAAACCCGCGUCAACUACUGCAAUUUUACUGCAAAACUAAUGUGAACUGCGAAAUGAAGUGGUACUCGCCCGUAUCGGUGGUGGCAGCAAGAUCACACAGGACUCUUGAAAGUUGCUGAUCAGUAGUGCAGCAGCGUGCUCUCUCUCUCACUCCUGCUCGCAGCAAACGGUAGCAUUUGUAGUACUCGUGUGUAUGUGUGUUAGUCAGUCGGUGAUGGCUGCACCGGAACCGCAACCGGGUGCAGCAGAUUUACGAGCGCAAUAAACUACCAGCCAGGAAGGCAGCCGCGGAGUUUUGUACCACCAACGCUAUCCCAGGCUCUAAUGGGCCAGAGUGCUAGCAUGUGUCGCUUUAAUGGUUGUUAUAAGAAAAACAAGCAAGGUCUGCACUUGCGCAGUAUAGAGGCGCCUCAGAGCAGAAUGCCCGCCGAGCAGGGGGGCACAGUGGGACUCGAUACAUCGUUGGGCUCUCGUUCUGGUGUCCCCCUGCCGCUACAGCUACAGCCAGCCUCCUCACAGCAAGCCGGCCCGAACGGCACCGGUUCCGGUAGUUUGAACCAUCUCCAGUUGGGAUUGAACAGUCACCAUCAUCUGCAUCAUCACCUCCACAAUCACCACCAGCACCUGCAUAGUCUGGGCAACAGUAGCAUAGCAGGAGCAACACCGGGUACAGGCAGUUCCGGAGCUGGCGCUAGCUAUGAUGCCGAAUUUGCUCGGAUGGAGUCCUGGCUGGACGAGAAUCCAGAGUUCGUACAAGACUAUUUCAUACGGAAAGCUACUCGAAACAUGGUGGACGGAUGGCUGGUUUCGCAUGCCACACCGGUAACAACCGGUGGCCCCUGUGGAAAUGUAGAUUCUCCGACGCACGGUGGUGCGGGAACGCAACCGUGUUCUUCCCGGGCGGGCUCCGGAGCGACCACUCCUGUGAGAAAAAUCUCCGCCCAUGAGUUCGAGCGUGGCGGUUUGCUGAAGCCCAUUGUGAACACAAUCGACGGGACACCUACGUUCCUCAGUAUUGGCUUGCAGUAUGAGAAUUUCCAGUGCGGCGCGGGUCCAAGUCAGAACGGUGUCGCGGGUGGGCCCAACGUAAGCCAGCGGCCAACGCGGCUAUCGCGAAAUGAGCUGCGUCAGUUGGACGAGAGGGAACUCAUUUUUGAGCUGGUGAAGGACAUCUGCAAUGACCUGGACGUGCGUUCUUUGUGCCACAAAAUUCUACAAAAUGUGUCGAUUCUUCUCAAUGCAGACCGAGGAUCUCUUUUUCUGGUCCAAGGCAAAAGUACCUGUGGCAGUGAUAAUACCAAAAAGUGUUUAGUAUCUAAAUUAUUCGACGUCUGCUCGAGCAGUACUCUGGAGGAGAUGGAACAGCAGGAAGAGGUAAAGGUGGCAUGGGGCAUGGGAAUUGCAGGCCACGUGGCCGAAAGUGGGGAGCCCGUCAACAUACCGGAUGCAUAUCAGGACGAACGGUUCAACCGGGAAAUCGACGUACAAACUGGCUAUCGUACAAAAGCACUGCUCUGUAUGCCCAUCAAGGAUGGUUCCGGCGAUGUGGUCGGGGUGGCACAGGUGAUCAACAAGCAGGGAGACCAGUGCUUCACCGCUUACGACGAGAAGGUGUUUGCUGCCUAUUUGCAAUUUUGCGGUAUUGGACUACGAAACGCUCAACUGUACGAAAAAUCCCAACUGGAAGUGAAACGAAAUCAGGUCCUACUGGACCUGGCCCGGAUGAUUUUCGAGGAGCAGAGCACCAUCGAGCAUAUGGUGUUCCGAAUAUUGACCCACAUGCAGAGCUUAAUUCAAUGCCAAAGAGUUCAAAUCCUAUUGGUGCACGAAGCGUCAAAAGGAAGCUUUUCGCGCGUGUUCGAUUUUGAAGCCACUGAUCUCAGCGGAGACGAGAGCGACCCCAGGACGAGUCCAUUCGAGUCCCGAUUUCCUAUCAAUAUAGGCAUCACCGGCUAUGUGGCUACGACCGGCGAGACUGUAAAUAUUUGCAACGCCUACGAGGACGACCGGUUCGAUCCGAGUGUGGAUGAGGGCCAAGGCUUCCACCACAAAACCAUUCUCUGUAUGGCGAUCAAAAAUUCUCUAAGUCAAAUUAUAGGUGUAAUACAGCUAAUCAAUAAGUUUGAUGAGCUAACUUUUACCAAAAACGACGAAAAUUUUGUGGAAGCAUUUGCGAUCUUUUGCGGCAUGGGCAUUCACAAUACGCACAUGUACGAAAAAGCGAUUGUGGCGAUGGCCAAACAGAGCGUAACACUGGAGGUGCUCAGUUAUCAUGCGUCGGCAACGAUGGAUGAUGCCUACCGGUUACGGCAACUUAAAGUCCCAUCGGCUGCCUUCUACCAGUUGCACGAUUUGAAAUUCGACGAUUUGGAUAUGGAGGACGAUGAUACGCUGAAGGCUUGCUUGCGAAUGUUCCUGGAUUUGGAUCUAGUCGAGCGGUUUCACAUCGACUACGAGGUGCUCUGCCGCUGGUUACUUUCGGUGAAGAAAAACUAUCGCAACGUAACCUACCACAACUGGCGGCACGCAUUUAACGUGACGCAGAUGAUGUUCGCUAUUCUCACUUCGACGCAGUGGUGGAAGAUUUUCGGCGAGAUCGAAUGCCUUGCGCUAAUCAUCGCUUGUCUGUGCCAUGACCUGGAUCAUCGUGGGACCAAUAACUCCUUCCAGAUCAAAGCUUCAUCACCACUAGCUCAACUGUACUCCACUUCAACGAUGGAACAUCACCACUUUGACCAGUGUUUGAUGAUCAUCAACAGUCCCGGAAACCAGAUUCUGCUUAAUCUAUCCUCAGAUGACUACAGCCGUGUGAUAAAAGUAUUAGAGGACGCGAUCCUUUCCACCGAUUUAGCGGUGUAUUUUAGGAAACGUGGCCCAUUUCUGAAUCUAGUAAAACCAAACGCCCAAGCCGCGCUGUGGCAAGCGGAGGAGCCCAGGUCGCUGCUCCGGGCGAUGAGUAUGACCGUGUGUGAUCUGGCUGCCAUCUCCAAACCGUGGGAUAUCGAGAAACGUGUCGCGGAGCUGGUGAGUUCCGAGUUCUUCGAGCAGGGAGAUGUGGAACGGCACGAGCUGAACAUUACACCGAUUGAUAUCAUGGACCGGGAAAAGGAGGACCAGCUACCGAUGAUGCAAGUGGGAUUCAUCGAUUCGAUUUGUUUGCCUAUUUAUGAAGCAUUUGCUAGUCUUUCGGAUAAACUAGAACCACUAGUGGAAGGUGUGCGGGAGAACAAAAACCACUGGAUCGAGCUCGCGCAAAGCUCAAAGGCGAAAUUCGCCAACAACAAUAACGACGACACGGUCAGCCGGAACAACAACAAUAACAACAGCAGUUGCAGCAGCAGUAUCAAAAGCGACGGUUUCCCGAAUGCAUCGUCGAGAAAGUCCAGCCUCCAUGAGCAGCAGUCCAGUGAGAGCAACAAACGACCUACAUUAGGAUCACCCACAAGUAAUACCCAAUGCACCGUUGUUAGUAAUUCACCUGGCACUGAUAACGAUAACCAUAGUAUAGGUAGUCACGAGAUUAACUGCAGCAGCAGUAUUGCCGAAAAGAUUGUCGGCCGUCUUGGGCUGGAUUUGACGACGACGUCUCCCUACCCGGAGGUUCCGUCCUACCUGGUGACCAAGAAAGAGAACGGCUGGAUUCAGCAUGGAAACGAAUCGAAAAUUAGGCUUCUCCGGUUGUCAUCACUGGAGGGCAAGACGAACGCCAGCGAACAGCCCGUAAUGGAUCAGUGAAUAUCCGAAGGCGCGAAAUUAAUUAACUUCUCAUAUAGACCACACCGAAACACAUGCAUCCCAGACAUAGGAAAACACAUUCUGUAUAGGGUAAUCCAACAAACGAAUUUAUUCUUGUAUCUUUUCUCUCGAGCAGCAAUACCGUUUUGCACUGUGUUUGCACUUUGCGUGCUUCUUUAAAAAAAAUGUUUUGAAAGAAUUUUGUUUUGUUUCAACUUUUGGCGAUUAUGCUCUCUUUCUUUUUCUCUCUGCUAGCUCUUUGCCUUAUUUCCGUUCACCAGUAACCAAUUUUCAUCAUCUUUUGAAGAAGAGAAAAAGUUACGAUUUAUGCAAAAAAAAAAACAAGAAAACUGUCUAGGAGUAUAGAUUUGACCAUCCAUCCAAAACAUGUAAUUUUCUGUAAAAUGUAACGCACCAAAAUGGGUAUAUAAGUGUGUAAUAGUCUCCAGAUUUCUUACACAAUUUUCACGUAGACCAUACCACCUACUUCGGUGGGGUGUGUAGCGGUAUAAUAAUCAAUAUCAAAAACGGAGCACUAGUCAGCAGAUUAAUUCUAAUAGUCGGUAAGUCUUAGUAUAUUGUAUGAAAAGUAUACCAGAUUACUAGCUAGAAGGGAUGCAAACGAAUGUAUGCGAUAGUUUGUACUGUACGCUGUAGUACGCAAAAGAGGGAAUGCAAUUGUAUGCACGUUAUAUAAUAAUCGAAGAGUCAGGAGGAACAGCCGUUUGAAUCUUAUCGGUUCGAUAUGAAGUUACUGAACGUUACUUCAGUUAGUCGGAAGUUCCGUAUUCUUUCUCCAAGUGUAGAGUGGUAAGUAAAGUAAACAUUUAGAGAGGAUUCUGAAUAAAACAUCUCCUAUAUUCGCUA